AUGCUGUCCGCCGGCCUGGGCUACGCGACAGGGGGCGGCCAGAGCGCCGCCGCCGCCACGCCCCCCUACAGCCCGCCGCCUGCCCGCCACAGCCCGCUGCCGAGCUUCGGAUUCACGCAGGAGCAGGUCGCCUGCGUGUGCGAGGUGUUACAACAGGCAGGCAACGUCGAACGACUAGGUAGAUUUCUGUGGUCUUUACCGGCAUGUGAUAAAUUACACAAUAACGAAUCCGUUCUCAAAGCCAAGGCGAUAGUAGCAUUUCAUAGGGGAAAUUUCAAGGAACUAUAUAGGAUAUUAGAAAGUCACACUUUUAGCCCACACAAUCAUGCGAAACUGCAAGCGUUGUGGUUGAAAGCACACUAUAUCGAAGCAGAAAGACUUAGAGGUAGGCCUCUGGGGGCGGUUGGCAAAUACCGCGUCCGCCGGAAAUUCCCGCUGCCGCGCACCAUCUGGGACGGCGAGGAGACCAGCUACUGCUUCAAGGAGAAGUCGCGCAGCGUGCUGCGCGACUGGUAUGCGCACAACCCUUACCCCAGUCCGAGGGAGAAGCGCGAGUUGGCCGAGGCGACGGGGCUGACCACCACCCAGGUGUCCAACUGGUUCAAGAACAGGAGGCAGCGGGACAGGGCGGCCGAACACAAAGACAGCAGCCAAACGAGCUCGGAGAAGCCCCAUCUGGACUCGAGCGGCAGCGACAGCGAGCCGGAGACGGGCCCCAAGAUGGCGGCGUAUGCCCCCGUCGUCCAGACGCAGAUCCACCCCUACCAAAUGGCCGCCCCCGCGGUUCCCUACGCCUGCCCGCCUGUCUACCAGCCGCCGCCCGACAUGCUGCACGACUAUCAGACGUUGUGA